AUGAUUACACUGGAAUUGAAGGAUGAUAUAGAGGAAUUGCUGAAUGAUAGUCUGUAUCGUCUCGUUAAAUUUAUUGGAUACGAACCAACAGGACACUUUAUUGUGGUUUGUUUUUCAAUAGGUGAUCAGAAUCAUCAGCCUUUGAAAAUUAGUGAUGAUGAAGAUGAGUUUGGAUCAUCAAUGGGAUUGGAUUCACCACAGAGUGUUGUUCAUGUGGAUUUCCUCUCGAGAAAGGUUAAUUUACUUUGCAAAUUAUCUCCGACCCUUGAUUGCUUUGGUGCUUCACUAAAUUUCAAUCACUCCAUACUUUCAAUAACAACAAGUAGAAUAUUGUACAAAAUGGUGAAUAAUGGAGCAAGUUUAGUGGUUACUAAUAGUGAUUUAAACACUUCUUCUUCAUCUUCUUCAUCCUCAUCACCAUCAGCAGCAACAUCAUCACUGGGAAUGGCUUCACAAGUUAAUAUACCAGGUGUUCCUUCAGUGAAUAGUUAUGAAAAUCGUAAUUUAAAAGUGAAUGAAACUUAUCAGAUAAUAUCUAAUUUAAAGUCAUUCCUUACAAAGGAGAAGGAAGGAAAUUCAAUAUCAUCAUCAUCAAAUGGAUUGACUCCGGUAGCUCCUUCCAUAUCAAAUCCUGCACUAUUGGCUCAACAAGAGAGAAUUGUACUUUACGAAUCGUAUUUUGUUGAACUAAAAACAAAAACAAAGAACAAAUCUCCACAAACUUUAUUUAAAAAGUCGGAAGCUCCACAGAGCAUUCAAUUCAUCCAUAGUAAUAGAUUGAAGAAUGGAAAGAAUUACUUCUUAUCAUUUUCAUCAGGAUCUAUUCAGAUAUUUACCUUCUCGACAGAUCCAAAAACUGGAGCAAUGAAAGGUCCACCAAAAGAAGUUAAAACGAUCACUUCAAAAUCUUAUCCAGAUGGUGAUUCUCCCUCUUCAUUUUCUUCAUUGUUUUCAUCAAAAUCUAAUCAACCUAGUGAAGAUAAUGAAGUAAUAUGGUAUCAAUGGGAUGUUGAUACUCACUUAUUGUAUUUUAUAGUUCGAUCACCUUUCCCUUCUGCCAAUUCAUUUGGAAAAAUGAAUCUAGUAUUAUAUUGUUGGAAUAUAGACCUUGAUGGACUUCAACUCGUGUACAAAUACCCAAUUUUGAAUCACCUCCCACCUGAUCUUUUGCAUUUUGGUUCUAGAGAUUUCCCAGUUUCAUCCAUGAUUGACCCAAUUAUAUUUUCUGGAAGAAGUAAUACUCUUACUCCAAACUAUUUCAAUAGCUACUUUUUGGAAACAUCAACCAUUAGAAUGCAAAUUGUAAAACUUGAAAAUGGUAACGAUAUUUUAUGUAUGCAAUAUAGAGAUUUGCGACCGAGCACUCAGGAAAAUGUGAUGAAUGUUUAUAUUUAUCACUUUAAAGAAAAGAAGUGCUUAAAGCUAAAUUUACAAUCCAAACAUUAUCUUUUGAUUAGCAAAUAUAAGAAGAAUAAUCUUAUGUUAUUCCUUCCAAAUAAGUAUUUGCAAUUAAUCAAGGGAAAUACCCUCUCAACAAUUUUCCAAUUCAACAAGAAUCAAUUCAAUCUCUCUCUUCACAAUGAAAUGCCUGUUAAAUUAGAUGAGCCUCAUCUCCUUCCAGUUUUCAGUCACAUGGAAGGACAUUUUAUUAAUAUAAGAAACGGAUGUGUUUUCAAUUUUGACCUCAUGAUAACAUAUUUGACCAGCUCACAUUGGCUCCAAAUCCCUGACCUUGUUAACGAUCAAUUCAUACCAGUUUUGGAAUUUAUUUUAUUUAAUUAUCCUAAAGAUGUUGCCCUACAAUUUUUGAGUUAUUUAUUCUACAGUAUGGAAAAGUCACCUCACAAAAAGAAUAUUCAGUUUUCCAAGUUAAUUUCUCUUGGUAUGAAAGAGUAUAUAAUAGGAGCUUGUUACCAACAGGCCAUUUUCAAAGGAAUGGAUCCAGAAUUUAUUUCUUUACUACCAAACAAUAGACACGACUUUUAUGACAGUAUUUUAGGAGUAGUAUCGAGCUUGAUCAAGAAGAAACAACUCAAUUUAGGCUCGUUUUCAUUUGACAGUCCUAGAACUGGAAGUGCAAACACUCCACAAAGCCCAUCUCCCUCUAGUCCUCAACAAACAUUAAUUCUUAAUAAUGAAACCUAUGAGGAAUAUAUCAAAUUUGCCAUAUUUUAUGGAAAAUCUAUCAAGAAUUGGAAUGCAAAGAAAUGGGCCUCUGAAUUUAAUGCUAUUUUAACAGAAGAGAUGGAAUUGCUAUCAGAAACCAUCAUGUCUCAAAAGAAUGAAGAAGAGAAAUACUUCUUCAUAUUGAUGGAGUGUUUCUAUACUUCCCUUCUGUUAGAUUAUAGACUUCCUCCUCCGGCAGAGUUCAAUUUCAAUUUUGUAAUAUCUGGUUUUAAAGCUUUGGAAAGAGAUAUUUUCUAUCAAUACUGUGAUAGAGGAGUAUUCGAAAUUAAUAAUCAAGUAAUUAAUGCAUUGUGUCAAGCGGAUUUAUUGACAAAAGAAUGCAAGGAAGAUAUUCAUUGCUUGAAUUAUUUAUUGAAAAUCUCAGUAGACCCUGUAAAUAUUUCAUAUGUAAUUAGUCAUCUAGAGGGCAUUGAAGACUGCCAAUUUGCAAUAAGCAAUUAUUAUCAUACUAUAUUCUCAAUUAAUGCUGAUGAUUGGUCUGACCAUGAUCUCAAUCAGAACUCUCUCAAGAAAAUCCUAAAAAAGAAACAAAAGAAACAUAACCAAGAAAGACACGAAAGAGAGCAUCACUCUUUUAUCAGAGACCAAAUUUUAAAUAUUAUGGGAACUAGGGCCAGCUUUAAUUCUUCCUCAUUCAAUUCAUCAUUUGGAGCUAAUAAUUCAGAGUAUGGAUCCUUGGUUGAAGAACCAAGAAAGAUUGAAGGUGAUGAUAGUGAAGAAAAUAAUUCUGAAUGUAGUGAUGUCAGCGUUAUUUCAGUCUCGGCAACUCAUACCACAUUUGCACCUUUGGUUUCUUACUUGUUGAGUAUUCAGAAAUUGAGCCAUACAGCCUCAACAAUUGUUGGUGAUAAAUCACCACUUUCACAGCAAGAACAACCAUCAACACCAAAACAAAAGUUUGAGGAUGAUGAGAGCAGUUUUGUUGGAACAACACCAACUGCAAUAUUUUCCUCAAAUCCUUUCAAUUCAAAUGGAUUGUGGGCAAAAGAGAGGGAUUAUAUUCAAAGUGUUGCUUCUGAGCAUUACUUGAAGAAACAUUUCUUUUAA